AUGGGGACGAAGAAGGCUCGGCAUACCCACGGAAGUAGCUGCUUUGCGAGUUCCUUGGACAGCUCCUUGACAGCUAGAACGGUUGGAAAUCCAAUCGCGAGUCUGAGGAUUAAGUUGAGCGUGUCCUGGAGUGUUGAGAUUGAGAGGGCUGUCGCACAAGCCAAUGGGAAUCCCCGCAUAGACAUCGAUGGGCGUGUGCAUGCCCAAGUAAAGUCUCCCUGGAAAAAGCAAGGAACACGUUACACCACGCUGAGCAAAGACAACUUGGCCGUUCUUACCGUAAGCAACAAGAACAAUCACGAGGCAGAUGAUUCCCAACACAAGCCACCACACGCGAGAAUCGCUUGGAAACUGCUGGUGGUUCAUGAAGUAAUUAAAGAGAUACCUGGAGAAAGACAAACAAAGAACAAAAUUCGUGACGAAGAAGCGUACCUGGAUGUGAAGGAUCGUCUCAGUCCCCUUGAGAACCCGCUGCGUCACCAGCGGCUGGAGAAUGGAUCGAGCGCGCAGGGUGAGAUUGGUGAAGCUGGAGAAUCGCAGCCAAGAGAGGAUCGUGACGAGCGUAAUCACUUGCCAGACGGGGACGCCGACAGCCUCCAUGAAUCAGAGAUUUCCCCACAGCUCCAAGGAGAGAGACGAGCUCGCAUUCUCCCGAAGCGUCCAGCGCUCUUUCCCAGAAUCGCCCGGCUCAAGAACCCUAAGUCAAGAACGCGUGGCCAAGGGAUAUUCCUGGGAUCAAUCAGAGCCCUAGAAAAGGCAAAUUUGCGCUUCGAUUCUUUGGCGAUGGCGACCGAGACGGUGUGUGCGAUCACCAGCGUGGAGUUGUGGCAGGCCAAGUUCAAGGAGGCGGAAGAGGGCAAGAAGCUGUUAGUGGUGGAUUUCACUGCGACGUGGUGCGGCCCUUGCAAGGCCAUAGCUCCGAUCUUCCUGGAGUACUCCAAGACGUUCACGGAUGCGAUCUUCGUCAAGGUGGAUGUGGAUCAAAUGCCUGCGAUCACUACCGAGUGGAAGGUCGAGGCGAUGCCUACUUUCCUCUUGAUCAAGGAAGGCAAAGUGGUGGAGAAGAUCGUUGGAGCGGACAAGGACCAGUUGAAAAAGAAGCUCCAGCUCCACACUGGAGCUGGAGUGCACGCCUAGGCUAGUCAAGAAAAGAAUGGGACGAUUUCCAUACUACUAAGAAGUAAGCAUUCGUGCUUUUAAGUUUAUAGAAGAAGAAAACCUUUGUCGUUGAA